AUGCCCCCGAAGAGGCGCGCCGCCGCCGCCGCCUCUUCAAAGAAGCCGCAGCCAUCGCAGCCAUCGCAGCCCGCCAAGUUCGGCAUCCUCCACUUCUUCGAGCGCCAGACCCAGGCCUCCCAGAACGCCAAGCGCCAGAAGCCCGACCCCCCUGCGCCUCCCCCUCCGCCGCCGCCGCCGCCCGAGGAGGAGCCCUCGGAGGUCUCGCCGGAGGUCACCAAGACGCUUGCGCCGAAGCGUGUCAGGUUUUCUCCCGGAAUGUUGAUUAAGCAGAGCCAGGACGAUGGGGCCGCGGAGGUGGUGACUUGGAAGAUCUCGCCGGUAAACCAUCGCCUUGGUACGGCGAAGUCGAAGCAAUUUCUGGGGAUGGCACCUCAUCCGUACUCAAGCGAGAAAAAUUCCUCCCUUGAGGCUAUGAAGAAGUGGCAUUCAUCUCCAUUGGGCCUGUCAAGGUGUACUACUUCUGGACGUAAUUCAGGAGUUCUUGGAUCUGCUCUAGUUGGUUGUGAUGGCGUGGAGGAUACUCAGAGUCCAUUUCGGACCCCACCAUCGCUUUCCUAUGGCUGCAACGAGCAACUGAGCAGUGGUGUCACUUCUGAGGGAGAUCUCGAACCAUUGGGAGAAGGGCAGCACAAAAAGGCAUUACUUGAUCUUCUAGACCAAGUAGAGGAUGCAAUCAUGGAAGAAGAAUUGCCUGUUGAUCCUGGAAAUAAAGGAGGGCAAACCACAAACAAGGAUAAUACCAACAAUAGCUGUUCUUCUGUUGCCGAUGGUGACUUAACUAUCCCAUCCAAGAAAACCAUUAAUGCUCCACUCUUCAAUAGUUUUCUUGUCUUGGAGGUGUCAGAAAAACAUAAAGCUGAUGAUUCAUCGUGUGAUCACUAUCCUGUUAAGAUUCUGCGUCUUCUGAAUGAACACUCUGGGAAAGAAUGUGCCGUGCAUCUGUGUGAUGAGUGGUUCCACAGUAUUGUUGGGCCUGGUGAUACUGUAAAUGUCAUUGGAGAAUUUAGUAACCAAGGAAAAUGUAUUGUUGAUCAUGACAAUAAUCUUGUUAUUGUCCAUCCAGAGCUACUCAUUUCUGGGACACGGGUUGCUUCUAGCUUCCAUUGUCCAAGAAGGUCUGUUCUUGAUGACAGACUAAAAAGCAAUGAAUAUUCUACCAGCGCGUUGACUGGUACUCUGCUUCACCAAGUCUUUCAGGCUGGGCUACUCAAGGAUGCUCCUUCACGGCAAUUCUUGGAACAACAAGCAAAGGAAGUUCUUCUGAAAAAUAUAGAGACUUUAUAUGCAUGUGGAGCCAAUGAAAGCAACAUGUACUCCACACUCAUUGAAGCUAUCCCCAAAAUGUUGAAUUGGUUCAAGUGUUUCUUAAAGGGUUCAAAAUGUUCUAAUGUUGAUUUUGGACAUAACGAAGGGAGAAAGACUGUUGGAGUGACUGAGGUGAUGGAUAUUGAGGAAAUGGCAUGGGCGCCAAGAUAUGGUUUGAAAGGGGUUAUCGAUGCUUCUGUUAGAUCAAGAGUCGAGUCAUGCAAUGGUGGUUCAUAUGAUAGAAUAAUGCCACUAGAGUUCAAAACUGGGAAAGGAACUAGUGGCCAGACAGCUAUGGAACACUCCGCUCAGGUGAUAUUAUACACACUGUUGAUGACAGAGAGAUACUUGAAUGAGGAUAUUGACUUGGGCCUUCUGUAUUAUCUUCACACAGACCAGACAUUGGGCAUUAAAGUAAAGAGGGCUGAUUUAAUUGGGCUAAUAAUGCGCCGCAACGAGCUUGCUACCGAGAUCCUGAAGGCAUCGAUUUCACAGAAUUUUCCUCCAAUGUUACAGGCACAUGGAGGCAAUGCUACAACUAGUGGGCUUGGUGAUCUAUUUGACAACCUUGUGAAUCACUUAACAGUCGCGCAUCAUAGUUUUCUUAAACAUUGGGAUAGAUUGAUCGAUCUUGAAGCUAGAGUUUCUCAGAUUUUCAGCCUCAAAGGUGGUGAUCCUGUGGUGCUUAGCACUCAGUCUGGGAGAAUAGCAGUUGCAAAUGGAUCUAUAAGAGAAAUAAGUCACUCCCACAUAACGGUCUCUUUGCCACGCCGUUUGAGAAUUCCAGAUAGCAAUUCCUUGUCAGAGCAACAGGAUCUGACACGUGAAAUUUGGCGGAUAGACAAGGAUGAAUUUAGUUCUUCGUUUGCAAUAAUGAGACUCAACCUUGUCCAACUAUUUGCUCAGAAUCCACAAAACUCUCAACUACGCAAGUUGAUUGUUGAUCUUGAGGCGCCCAGGUUUGAUAGUGGAGGGCUGUUUAGCCAAGAUCCUGCACUAUCAUACAUAAGGUCGCUACCAAACUUGAAUAAUGACCAACAAAGAUCACUGCAUAAAAUUCUAGGAGCAAAGGAUUAUGCUCUUAUUUUAGGAAUGCCUGGAACAGGCAAAACGUACACAAUGGUGCAUGCUGUGAAGUCAUUAUUGAUAAGAGGGGAAUCUAUUUUGCUAACUUCAUAUACUAACUCGGCUAUUGAUACUCUGCUCAUGAAGCUGAAGACUGAGGGUGUGGAUUUUAUUCGGAUUGGAAGGCCUGAGGCUGUACAUCCUGAUGUCAGGGCCCACUGCUUGUCAACAACUGAGGCACAAUCGGUUGAUGCCAUUAAAGCAAGGAUGGAGCAAGUGCAGGUUGUUGGAGUUACUUGUUUGGGAAUGUAUCAUCCUUUAUUAGCACAUAAGAAGUUUGACACAUGUAUCAUGGAUGAAGCUGGACAAAUUACAUUGCCUGUUUCACUGGGACCUUUGAUGCUUGCAACAAAGUUUGUUCUAGUAGGAGACCAUUAUCAACUUCCUCCACUUGUUCAGAGUUCUGAAGCCCGAGAAAAUGGGAUGGGCAUCAGCUUAUUCUGGAGGUUGUCAGAAGCACAUCCUCAGGCAAUUUCAGCACUGCGAUGCCAGUACCGUAUGUCAUCUGGUAUCAUGGAGCUCUCAAAUUCGUUGAUUUACGGCAAUAGGUUGUGCUGUGGUUCAUUGGAAAUUGCAAAUGCCAAACUCAAGUUUUCUGGUAGGGAACGAGUGCACUUGAAGUUAAAAGAGAUCUUGAAUCCUGAUAGGGCUGUGAUCUUCGCCAACACAGAUCAAAUACCUGCACUUGAGGCAAAGGAACACAGAACUGUGAACAAUCCUACAGAAGCUCACAUUAUUUCAUGGAUCAUCAAAGAAUUACUAAGAAGGGGUGUAGCUCAAGAUGCUAUUGGUACCAUAACCCCAUAUAAUGCUCAAGUGAAUAUCAUUCAGCAAUGCACUGAUGGUUUGGUUGAGGUUCACACAAUUGAUAAAUACCAGGGCAGGGAUAAGGAGUGUAUAAUAGUAUCUUUCGUGCGCUCCACUGCAAACUCAAGGGCUUGUGGUUCUUCUCUGCUUGGUGAUUGGCACAGGAUCAAUGUUCUGUUGACACGUGCAAAGAAGAAGCUCAUCAUGGUUGGAUCACGUGGAACGCUUUCAACAAUACCUAUGCUGAGGCUUCUUGUCGACAAGGUAGCUGAGAUUGGUGGCCUGUUGGAUCUGACAAAUAAGGAUGUGCAUUCUUUUUCGAGAACUUAA